CCAAUUAAUAAAUUCUAACAAAACACAACUGGAAACGGUGAUAUAGAAUAAAAAUAUUAAUUACAAUAUACUGUGAGGCUCGUAACUCCACAACAACGUAACGGCAUUUGUUGUCAAAAAUGUGCGAAUAAGGCCAAAAGGAGAAACACAAGCAUCGAAUUUUUCUCCUUUUUGUUUGAGUUUUAAGAAAUAGCGUCGCUUGUUUUCAGUAUUAAUAUAUUAGAAAGAAAAUUUGUUUAUCUAAUUGUAUAUGUAAUUAGAUGCACAUUUAAAAAGGCAAGAACAAUCCGAAGUGUAUGAAUUUAUUAUAAAUAUUACCAUUCAGUUAUUGGGCAAACAUUUAUCCAAUAUUUAAAUCAUAAAAUAUGGUCAGAAAACGGAAAAUAGCAAUAAUAAGUGAGGAAAAAGAAAAUCAAAAUGAAGACUGCACCGAAAUUUUAUCAGAAUGCAGUCAAAUGUACACAAUAAUGUCCUUUGUGCAGAAAAGUGAGACUUUCCACAAUAAAUACACCAAAGAAAUGAAAUCGCUGUACACCAAGGUGGACCACAAAACAUUUUUGUUUAAUUUUAUAAAAAUAAUAAAAACUGCAAUGGAAGCUGAUGAGCAAAAUACGUAUGCACAAACAUCGUUGCUGUUUUGUGCAAAGUUUGUUUGCUCGUACGGGACUGACGAUGCGCAUCCAAUUUUCAAUGAUACAUUCAAUUGGUUAUUAAAUAACUAUUCCAGAAAUCAACACAUUAGAUAUCGGCUGUGUCAGUUUGUGAAUUUAAUACUUACUGCUCUUGGAGUAGAAGCUGCACUGGAAGAUGAGAUAUGUGAUCGCAUUCUAGAGUACAUGCUAGAUAGAUUAUGUGAUUUAGCUCCUAACGUGCGUGUACAAGCAAUUCAUGCUAUACAACGUUUGCAGAUACCGGAUAAACCUGAUGAUCCAGUAGUACGUGCUUAUCAGUUUCAUUUGUGCUCUGAUCCGUCGCCACGUGUUCGUCAAGCAGUUAUAACUUGCCUGGGUCGUAACUAUCACACAAUUCCUUAUAUUUUAGACAGAUUGUGGGAUAUAGAUGAAAAAGUACGACGGCAUACAUAUGUGCAUAUGAGUAACUAUCCUGUACGUUCUUAUAAAGUAUCACAACGUUUGACACUAUUGGAGCAAGGUCUGAAUGAUCGAUCAGAGUUAGUUAAAAAAGCUGUUGUCGAUUUGUUGUUAAGAAACUGGAUAGAAACUUUUCAAAAAAAUUUAGUCGCAUUAGUUUUUUCUUUAAAACUGGAUUCUAAUGAGGAAGAAUUAGUGCGAUUUAGGAAAAUUGCUAAACAAACGUUAUCUGCUAUCUUCAAAACAAAUAAACAAGAUUUAAAUGAUCUGAUCGGUUGCUUGCCUUUUGAGAGUGACUGUGAAUUCUACCGAUGUGUGCCAUUACAAAAGCUAAGCAUUGAAGUAUCAAUUUAUUGGCAAUGUCUCGCAGAAUACUUACAAAGUAAAGAAGGGGAUAUAGAUUGUAUUUUACCAGAAUUAAGCGUAUUUUGUGCAUAUGUAAAGAAAUUUUGUGAGCUGCAACUAACAUCUGCGGACAAAUUCGAAUUAAUCGAGUUUUACCAUAUACUUCACUCAUUUAUGGAAAUAUUAUACAUCUAUGAUUUGGGUGAUGAAACUGGACGUAGAAAUCUACACGAUUUGAUAGAAUAUUUAUUGACUAGUUUCAUUUUGGAUGAAAAGGUUAUAAAAGUUAUUAUAUUAUGUGCAGAAAAUGUAAUAACUGAUCAGGAUGCUCGAAUGACGUUUUUGUCGAACAUAGUACGAAACUUGUGCAACCUUCGUAAAGAAAAUCAUAUUGUGCAUGACCGCACCCUUAUAAAUGAGUUGCUGGCCAAUUCCGCGGAUGCGGACUUAAAUUUAAAGAUAUCAGCGCUAAAAGUGAAAAUUUUAGAAUUAGAAGAACAAGAGACAAACUCUGUAUUGACUAAAGAUUAUGUGGGAGCUCAUAGCAUAACAGAAGAAAAAAAUGCAGUUACUAUUGAAUUCACAAACUUGAUGAGAGCAGUAAUGCAGAAGCAGCCUGAUAUAGAUAAUCAUUUAAUAUUGCCACAGCUGAUUGCUGUUAGCAAUGAAACAGUCCAGAAAAGUUUGCAGAUUAUAUUUAAUAUGAUCGUUUCUGAGAAAACAGAAUCCCUAAGUGAGAGUGCACUCAAAUUAUACAAUGAUUUUAUAUUUCGGCAUAUUGCUUCAAAUCAAAUUGGUAUACGAGAUUGGGCCUUAAAGUGUGCCGCUGCUUUCAGCAUGAUAUAUGAACCAUUAGCAAAGGAUGUAUUUGAACAACUGUUCACACAGUUCUUCAAAAAUCAUAAUAUGCGUCUCUGGGAAACAUCUAUAAAAUGCAUUUUCGAGUUACUAACAAAAUAUGGAUUUGAAACAUUUGUUUUGCAAGAAGAACCCACAACAUCGAAGAAAUCUGGUCGUCCGUUAUAUAAUUUUCUCGAUGACAUCGAAGAUGAUGCACCAGCUGUGGCAAAUGCUAAAGGAGAUCGAAUUAUUACUCUAAUGUUACAUUUCUUAAAUACAGUGGACGAUGUAAUCAUAAUAAAUGCAAUUCUUGAAGGAUUCUGUCGAUUGGUAUUACAUGGACACGUUGACAACAGUGAUAUUUUGGAAAAAAUUUUAUUAUUUUACUUCAAUCCUCACACAGAUUCUGGCAUACAUCAGACUUUAGGUGUUUUUCUGGAAUGCUUUUUUGAUAACAAAUUACAUUAUCAAUUAGAGCCCUGCUUAUUACCAAUGGUCACCACAAUUAUAUCCGCGCCCUGUGAUAGUCCUUUACGCGAUAUACGUCCCGAAACGAUUACACGGUUUAUAAUUAGUACCACUUGUCAAGAGGUGUAUUCAGGCGCAAAUGCUAUCCACAUUAAAUUAGCGGUAUCAUUCUUAAACGAAAUGAUAGCCAAUAAUAGCAACAAGGAACUUUGUAAGCUACUUACAAAGGAAUUGAGAACUCUGCAAGUUAGUUCCAUACAGAACCAAGAUUCGAGAAAGGAAAUAAAGGAAUUGGUUUUAAAAUUAAUAAGUACGGAUUUGGAUUCGAAAAUGAUAAAAACCAUCGUAGAAUUCAAGGAAUUGCUAGAAGGUAGCUUUGUACCACAACCAACAAAUCCUGAUGUUACGGAAACAGACGAUGAAACUAAUGUUGCUGAGAAUGCUUCAGUAGCUGCAUCAGAAGCUACCACAACACAUACUGUGGAAGUAGAACCCAUUACUGUAAAUGCAAGCACCACAACGUCUGAAAAUAAUAAUUCCAAAACAGUGGGAAAAGAGACAACUGCUGUUCAAAACAUAAAUACUUCACCUAACACAGUUACGCCUACAAGGAAUGGAAGAAAUAAUGGUUCAGCGUACAGGCAUUUGCGCAAAUCGUUAAACAUGAAAGAUACUAAUAAUACUAAUACUACUAAUAAUACGCCUAAUGUAAGCAAUUCUGGUUCUCCAAAAAUACGUAUAGAAUUACGAAUUGAUUCAGAUAAAAAAACAUCCGAAGAAGAGUCGGAGAAAACUACCCCACCAAGUAAUAUACAUGCGAGGCGUAAUCUGGAAUUUACACCGAUAAUUAAUGAUAAAGGGAACGAUGGCAAUAGCAAAGAUUCUACAGCAGAUCAUACAGCGACUGAUGUCUUGAAUAAAAGCAAUGAAUCAAAUAGGAGUGCAAAUAUUUCAAAUAACAAAAGUGUAGAGCAUAAUAAUGGGAAUGAAAUAAGCACCAAUAAUAAUGUGCUAAAGAGCAAUCAAAAGGAUAGAAGUAGGCUUGCGACACGUUCGAAGAAUAAAGACAUAACAAAUAAUGAUAACGACAAAGCUGAUAAAAAUGAGAGUUUGGUUAAUGGAGCAAUGCGGACUAGGAGGAAUGUUAACAAAGAAGAUGGACAUACUGACUCAAUUAAUAAUGGUUCAGCUCGAGAAAUGAGUGAACCAAGCACACCGGAUGUAAUCACAGAGUCACCCACAGUAGUGAAAUCUGUACGUGUACGGAAACCAAUUAUUUAUGGGAAAGAUUUAAUGGCAAGUUCUGUAAGAACUUCUCAACGUACCAAAACACCUUCACAGAAAAUAACUGAGCAAAAUAAUACUACACCCAGUAAAUUGCGUAGGAUUAAUCAUACAAAUAUAAGUUCAACAGAACUACGUAAUGGUCGAAAAAGAAUCUUAAAAUCAACACCACUAAAUACUGUAGCUGGAAAUACGGAGACUAUAACCCAACCUCGUAAAAGAGCUUGUUUAGACGAACAGGCAAAUAAUACACAAACAAAGAAGCUAACGCAAAGUGAUCAGGAGGAGUCUAGCAAUAACAGAACACUUAGAGCGGCGGGAGAGAGCCCAUCUUCAACAAAAGAAAAUGAAUUUGCUGUUGUCACAAGAAGUACUAGUAAAAAUGUUAAAACAAAUGCACCUGAGAUUACGAUAAGCCAAUCGACGAGAUCAACAAGAAGAAAUAAAUUAACACAGUCUAAUGCAGAAAACAAUACUUCCAUAACGAGUCUUAAUGGUAUUGAAAUAAUUGAUUUGACCAUUGACCCAGUGAAUGAAAACGAUGUUACUUCAGAACAAGCACGGACAUUUCAAGAGGAACGUACAAGUAGGAAACACAGUACAUCAAGUCCCAAAAGGUUAGUGCGUAGCAAAAGUUUAGAAAAGGUGAACAACAACAACCUCAGUACCAGUAAUGAAGAAAGAAGAAAUUCAAUUACCACACGAAACUCUGCACGAAAAGAACGUCAACUCAACCAAAUAAUGACGCGAAACCGUCUACAACAUGAAAUGACUAGUAUAAAGGUCUACAAAAAUUUUUCUAGUAAGAUACCAGUUAGAAGAAAAACGUACGCGGAACCAUUAGUAAUAAAAAGCAAUGGUAAUGCGACAUCCAAUCUGAAUGGAGAUAUUUCACGCAGUCAAAUCUCAGCUGGUAGAACAGGUUUGCCGAUGACGAAGUCUUUUGUGCGUACUAUGCGUAAUCGUUCACCACCGACGGAAGCACCCAGAUUGAAAAUACCACGCCUUAGACGCGAUCCAUCUUAGUAAAGAAAAAUAUAGUAUUUUAGUUAGUUCAUUAUUAAUCUAUAAAAUUAUGUAAUUUAUUUU